AUGGAGCCACGAAAUGUUCGCUUAGGGUUUGCAGCUGACGGUUUUAAUCCCUUUAACAACGGUAGUGGAUCCUCGACUCAUAGCACGUGGCCGGUUAUACUCACCACAUAUAAUCUGCCUCCCUGGCUAUGCAUGCGAGAGUCCACAUUCAUGUUGACCUUGUUGAUUCCUGGCCCUAAAUCACCGGGGAAAGACAUGGACGUUUUCCUUAGACCGUUAGUGGAUGAGCUUAAGCAAUUGUGGCAGACAGGUGUACGUACUAAAGACGCAGCAACAAACACAUACUUCACAAUGAAGGCGGCAUUGUUAUGGACCAUAAAUGACUUUCCAGCCCGUAGUAGCCUAUCAGGUUGGAGCGGACAAGGCUACAUGGCAUGCCCAACUUGUAACCAAGACACUCCUUCAAUACGUGUAACUGGUAAAUGUGCUUAUGUUGGUCAUCGCCGGUUCUUAGAUGCCAACCAUCCUUGGAGAACAAGUCUCGACUUUAACGGGAGACCCGAGACACGAGACCCUCCGAGACAGUUUAGCCCAGCUGACAUAGAAGCUCAACUAGGUCGUUUAAUUAAUCGUCUACCAGGCAAGCAUCCAGAUUUUGGAGGUAGGAGGAUAACCCGGUCAGAUUUCGAGUUGAACUGGUCCAAAAGAAGCAUAUUUUUUGACCUUGAGUAUUGGUCUUCUCUGCAGCUGAAACAUAACUUAGAUGUAAUGUAUAUAGAGAAAAAUGUGUGCGACAGCUUGCUCGGUACUCUUCUGAUGAACGAUAAGAGCAAAGACACGCCAAAUGCGCGGUCCGACUUGGAAAAACUAAACAUUCGGCCGUCACAAUGGCUGAAACAAUUGGGUGAUGGGUUUGGAUCUAAUAUCAGUAAGAGGGUGACAGAUAACAAUGCUAACAUUACCGGGUUGAAAUCUCAUGACUGUCAUAUCCUCAUGCAACGUUUGAUACCGAUUGGGGUUAGAGGGCUUUUGACUAAAGAUACAUCUACACCAAUAGUAGACCUUUGUAUGUUCUUUAAGCAACUUUGCUCUAGAACACUAUCGGUGGAUGAUAUGAAGAAAGCAAAGGAUGACAUUGUUACCAUCUUAUGCAAGUUAGAGAUGAUCUAUCCACCUGCGUUUUUUGACAUUAUGGUUCAUUUACUUGUGCAUUUACCUGAUGAAGCGAUUGCGGGUGGUCCAGUAGCUUUUAGAUGGAUGUAUCCAUUUGAAAGGUACAUGAAAAAACUAAAGAACUAUGUUAAAAACCCGGCAAGGCCUGAAGGUUGUAUAGCUGAAUGUUAUGUGUUUGAAGAAGCUCUAACAUUUUGUUCAAUGUACCUUAAAGAUGUUCAGACUAAGUUCAAUCGCCCAGAUAGAAACGAUGAUGUCGUUGUUGAAAAAAGAAAGUUAUGGGUGUUUGAGUCCAAAUGUCGUUAUGUUGGCGCAAGAAAGGAGAAAUAUCUAUCAUUCAUCGAAAAAAGCAAGAUGGAAUGGUUUGUCCUCGAAAACUGCGCAGAAGUUAGGGAGUACAUGAAUGAAUUCAAACAUACACAUCCCCAUGAUGAUCUUAAAACCAAAUUUCCGGGAUGGUUUCUCCAUAAGGUCCAUUCGAUGAAAACACAAAAUUCUCCAGAAUUCCACCCGGAGUUGUAUGCUCUUUCAAUUUGUGCGAAAAUGACUGCUUACACUGCUUGCAUAGUCAACGGUGUUAGGUUUAAGACACUUGAACCUGAUGCAAAAUGCGCAACGCAAAACUCUGGGGUGGAAGUGGUUGGAGAGAACGGUGUGAAAUUUUAUGGCCAAUUAGAAGAAAUUAUUGAGUUGCGUUAUACAAAUGAUUAUUCCACUGUCCUAUUUCGGUGCAAGUGGUUUGAUACUCAAAGGGGUGUAAACCAUGACAAUAAUAUCACCAGUAUAAGCACUGAACAUGAAUGGGACAAAGACGAUCAACUCAUAUUUGCUUCGCAAGCCAAACAAGUGUUCUUCAUCCAAGAAACAUCUCGAAACCAAAAAAAUAAACAUAGGUGGGUAGUCGAAAAUGUUAAUCAUCGAAGAAUUUGGGAUCGGCCAUUAAGUGAUGACCGCGUCAAUAAGGUUCAAAAUGUUGGCAAACGCUUAGAAGAUAGUGACGUUGUUGACAACAACUCUUCAUCUGACUGUCCACUUGUCAUUGACUUGACCCAAUACUUUCAAAUUGGAUCUUCUCAUGUUACUGCGGGUGAGCCUUCAAUUGAAGUUGAUCCCCCAACGGCCACCGUCGAUGAAGUGUUUGAAGUCGAGACUGAUUCUGAUGAGGUCGAGGCUGAUUAUGAUGAGGAUGAUCCCGAUUAUGUGGAGUCUGACUAA